AUGAACGGGACACUGGCUGAUCAACUACAAAAUCAUCUAGCCAACUACGGACCGCCGAUGAUGAAUUCGCAGCGGGACGGUGGCGAAGAUCCUCGAAUGUAUAUGAACGGCUCAUCGGCCUCCGUCUCCACAUCCAACGGCUCAUCUUCGAUGGGCAAUGAUCAGAAAUUUCCAUCAUAUAAGCGAAUGGCUCAACGAAGGAAAGUGCCCGAAGGCGAACUAUGCGCAGUAUGCUCCGAUUUAGCGACCGGAUAUCAUUAUGGUGUAGCAAGUUGUAAUGGGUGUAAAACCUUCUUCCGACGAACAAUAGUGAGCGAACAAACUUUUAUAUGUCAGUAUAAUGGGAAUUGCGAUGUUAAUAAAAAUAUACGAUGUGCUUGUCGUCAUUGCCGGUUUAACAAAUGCUUACUGGUGGGGAUGGAUGCAAAAGCCAUACAAAAUGAUCGAGAUAGGAUUGGGCCAACGAAAAAGGUCAAAAUGAGCAGCGGAUCCGAUGACGAGCAAGCAACGACACCUCAUCGACUUCAAGAUCAAGAAAUCAUCGACCAGCUCACACAAGUGGAAGGACUAUGCCAAGAGUUGCGCCGAUGCAUAAUUCCUGAAGUGACCGGAGUGACACAUGCAUUGACGUCCCCUUGCCUACUUUUUGAGACCACUGACCUUAAAGUAGACACCAAUAUCAUGUUCAAAGAGCUCUACCCGGCGUCAAUGAACGACAUCCGCAUGUGGAACAUUCGCGAAAUGCGCAUCUGUAUCGAGUGGGCAAAGACAUUCGACAUCUAUCAACGAUUGAACCUUUUUGAUCAGUUUGCCCUUGUCCGAAACUUCGCGUUCGCCUUCAACUUGCUCAACCGUGUGUUCUACUCGCCAGACCACGGACCGGACAAGAUUGUCUUCCAAAAUGGAGCAUUCAUAAUGAGACAACCACAACAACAGGUCCAACUCUCCGGAUGCCGUCCAAUCUACACCAGACAAAUGGACGAGAUUAUGAUUCCAUUCCGCAAGUUGCAAUUGAGCGUCUCCGAAUUCGCCACCUUCAAGGCUGCUCUUUUUUUCAAUCCAGACGCUCUUGACCUGUCUGCACCAGCUAAGACUGAAGUGUUCGAGGAGAGAAACAAGUACUUGGGAGGACUCUUCACCUGUAUUACUCAGAAAAUUGGAAUCCCAUCCGGCGUUCAGAAGUAUGGAAGCCUCUUGAUGAUGACUGCCAGCAUCCAGAACAUUCUCGCCCAAAACGAGGAGAACAUGCAAGUGAUGGAACUGUUUAAGAACUGGGAAGUGGAUCCAUUUGUCAAGGAGCUUUGCAUGAAGAGAGCCUAA